AUGGAGUAUUACAGAUAUGUUUUAUUUAAAUUAAUUUUGUGUUUAAUAUGUGUUGAGGGUGGCUUUAUCACGGGUAAAGCUCUAUACUGCAGAGAUCCUGAUACUGGUAAACUUCACGCGGUAAACUCAACAUGGCAAUCGACAACCUUCUGCGGGAAUUACUCAUGCAAACUUAGAAGAUUAAAUAAAAUUGAAACAGAAUAUUUACCAAUCAGGCAGAUAAACAUUUCUAACCUGCAAUCAGAAGAAAAGCACAUUGAUUUAGAAACUAGUCCUGUUACGAUACACACAAAAAUAGACAGUAGUUUACCAGGUAUACCACAUAAAGAAGCUAAUGAGCAAGAAGGUAGAGAAGCAAUGAAUUUCAAUAAUGAUAGGUACUUGACUGAAACUGAAAUUAAGUCCAUAGCUGAUAUGCUUCAUACAGUGAAGAAAAGUGAUUUGGAUGCGAUCGUGGAAAUAUAUAAAAUAGCUCAAGAUAUUUAUAAAGAAAUGGACAAAGCCACCUCCGACAGUGUUCUAGAUGAAACAUUAAGCACAGCCAAUGACGACGAAAAGUUUGUGAAUGAAAAACAAAGCUCGUAUUGGUACGAACCUUUACACAUUAGCCCUCAGAAAGGAGGACCGGUGGAUUUGGAGAAACAAGAAACGUUUUUCAAGCCAGCCACUCACAAGCCAAACAGGAGCCCUGGCUACUUCGGCGGAAUCCUAAGUAGCAGUGACUUCGGAAAACUUCCUUAUUACUAUCCGAUGUCGGCUUUCCAACGAAGCUCCUCAUACGUUCAUAAGCCGAACGCUGAAAAUCCCCAAACAUCUUGCAAUAAAAUGGAUCAUUCGUUAAUAGAAAAAGUACUCAAAAAACAUAGUGAUCAGAAUCCCCAAGCUCCAGUGCCUUAUCCAUUCCCUUACAUACAGCAAUAUAAUAACACUGCUCUGUACAGUCCCAUGUAUGGAAACCCUUGGGCUUAUUUGAAUUAUUAUAGAAAUUAUCCUUACGCGUACAUAGCUCAAAUACCAAGUAACAUAAUCCCUUUAAGCUCAGGACUCGGUAAUGCUGAUACCAAUAGCGUUUCGAAAGAAGAAGCCAAUAUAUUGGAUAGCUUGCUCGCUAAAGUGAAGGAGACAAAGCUUCCUGAAUGGCAAACGGAUCCACUAUCCAAUCAAGUGUUGGAAGAAGUCAGAGCCAAUAUCGAGAAGUCCAAAUUACUCAAGCCGUUUCCUCUCAGAAAAAAAGUUAACUUGGAGCGCGUUGGUAAACUGAUUAAGUUGGAUGAAUUCACCAGGACCAAACGGUCUGCUGAAUUGAAAUCUGUCAGUGAAGAAUUCGCGUAUGACGUAUAUUUGGAAACAGUAACCUGUCGGUCGGAUAUCCAGCCAGGAUACUUCAGGAUGGGUGACCAAAACCAACAGUAUCCGGACUGCUGUCCCCAAAGAAUAGACAGUGUUGAUGAUUAA